AUGCUGAUCGAAAGGUUCAUCCCCUCUCUGCGGUUUAGAAGGCGAAGAGGGUCAGAGGCAUCAGUCUCGUCCGUCUCUCGCCUGGAACAGGUCAUCGACGGCAGCGACAUUGACCCUGCGAAGCUGGCCCGUACUGUGAAAGCGAAAUUUCGACAGGGUGAAUAUACCGUCACUUUGAGACAAGACCAGUACAUCCUCGUCAUCCCAAAACGAUUAUCGUCCAAGGAAAUCGAUGCCUGCCGCUACACAUGGGAAUAA